AAAUACAAACUAAACUCAAGAAUGGUGCCAGGGACACCAGCAGCGAUGCUCCCGGCUUCGGAGGCAGCAAAAAUCUACCAGACCAAUUAUGUCCGUAACUCUCGUGCAAUCGGGGUACUCUGGGCCAUCUUCACCAUCCUCUUCGCCAUAGUAAACGUGGUGUGCUUCAUUCAGCCCUACUGGAUUGGCGAUGGUGUCGACACGCCCCAAGCCGGUUACUUCGGCCUGUUCCACUAUUGCAUCGGUAACGGUAUUUCCCGCGACCUGACGUGUCAGGGCAGCUUUACUGAAUUCAGCUCCAUCCCAUCGAGCGCCUUCAAGGCUGCGUCCUUCUUCAUCGGGAUGUCCAUGGUGUUGGUCCUCACUUGUAUCGGAUGCUUCGCUCUCUUCUUCUUCUGCAGCACCGCCACCGUGUAUAAAAUCUGCGGAUGGAUGCAGCUGGCAGCUGGUACGUGUCUGAUACUGGGCUGUAUGAUUUACCCGGAUGGCUGGGACUCAGAUGAAGUGAAGCGUAUGUGUGGUGAGCAGACGGAUAAAUACACCAUAGGGGCCUGCUCAGUGCGCUGGGCCUACAUACUGGCCAUCAUGGGCAUCAUGGAUGCACUCAUCCUCUCCUUCCUGGCUUUCGUGCUGGGCAACCGCCAGGAUGGUCUCAUGGCUGAGGAGCUGCUGGGUGACAAGAGCGGGAAUGCCUAAUUGACCGACAUCUCUGCAGGUGAGUGGGAGAGAGAGAGAGAGAGAGGGAGAGAGAGA